AUGGUCUCUUUCAAUUCCAUCACCACCGUUGCCAUCAUGGCGCUCACUACCCUUGCGGCUCCUGCCGUUGAGAACUCUCCUUCGGUUGCCACUCGCAGCGAGAGCGGCUCUCUCACUUGGUUCAACCCUGGCCUUGGCGCCUGUGGCGAGCACAACGGCGAUGGCGACGCCAUCGUGGCUAUCUCUGCCUCCAUCUUCGACGGCCAGAGACCUUGUGGCCGCAACAUCCGCGUCUCCUACAAGGACAAGUCGGUCACUGUCCGCGUUGUCGAUCGCUGCGCUGGUUGCGGUCAGAACGACCUCGACCUUUCGCCCUCUGCCUUUGAGUCGCUCACUGGCGACAAGGGACUCGGCCGUGUUCAGGGCACUUGGGACUGGGCUUGA